UAUAAAUACGACCAUUUGGCGGUUGUACCUCUAUUGUGACUUCGUCUUCUUAGCAAACCAGAAAAAUGCCGCCAAAACCAGUUGGAAAAUCCGCAGGCAAGAAGGCCGUCAAGAAGCAGGUCGGAGAAGGAAAGAAGAAGAGAAAGGGAAGACGUAAGGAAAGCUAUGCUAUUUACAUCUACAAGGUGCUGAAGCAAGUCCACCCCGACACCGGUAUCUCGAGCAAGGCCAUGGGCAUCAUGAACUGUUUCGUGAACGACAUCUUCGAGCGCAUCGCUGGUGAAGCUUCCCGCCUGGCGCACUACAACAAGAAGUCCACCAUCACGAGCAGGGAAAUCCAGACGGCCGUUCGUCUGCUCCUCCCCGGUGAGCUGGCCAAACACGCCGUGAGCGAGGGAACCAAGGCAGUCACCAAGUACACCAGCAGCAAGUAAACGGCCCAAUCCGUGCUGCACCGAAAACAACGGCUCUUUUAGGAGCCACCCAAAUGACACGAAAGUCACUCCCUCAUGCAAUCUAUGCGGGCUAUAAAGUUGAGCCAUACCGACCGAUUAUAAUCUCCGUCCUUGAAAAUAAAACAUCCCUAGGCCUAGAUACACAAGUGCUAUCGAUCACUAUGAAAACAGAUGGUCAAAUCCCCCUCUAGACUGUUUUUACAGCUAACCUUUCUGUACCUCCAACCCCGGGUUAAGUACAAGGUAAAUAGCAGAGCCAGUUUGACUAUUUCCGUGUAACAUAAAUUAGCUAGCAUUUGAGUGUAGAGUUGUUUUGGCGCCAAAAUUCUCCCCAAUGUUUUGUCCUUUAUAUUGACAGAAUAUUAACUCUAACCUGCACACAAAUUAUAGAGUUUUAAUCGCCUUCAAUAUGCUAAAACAUUUGAAUUGUAAGGAACUAAACAUUUAGGACGUGCAUUUUAUUUAGGAUUAAUCUAGUCAUGAGCCGAGCACAUUUAAGUCCUUUAAAUUUACUUGUGCGCUAAGGCAAACUGUUGGAUUUGAAAAGCAUGCAUUAUUACAAGAAGCUAAAAAGCAUACAACAUAGCUUACACUGUGGGGACUGUGGAAAUAUCUAUUCGAGGCUAUAACCCUGAACAAGUAAUAAAUCAUAUUAUUCAUA